AUGAAGUUCUCACUUAUUGUAGCGCUCAGCGCCCCCCUUCUUGCGGUUGCUGCCCCAACGCCUUCCAGCAGCGAGUUGACCAAGAAGGCCGAAGCUGAGAGUUUCUUUAUCCAAACUGAUGUGGGCUGGUUUGACGGUGGCGACAAGAAGCGUGCCGCAACUGAUGGAAAAUCCGAGGCUCAAACUGAUCUCUCCGUUGAUGAGGUAAAACCUCCGAGUCAGAUCCUGUAA